UGCCAUUUUUGCAGUUUUCAAAAAUUUAAAUUUAAACUUCCUUCUUAAAUAAACUUUGCAAAUUUUCUUGUAAUAUUUUGGCUUUAUCCUCAUAAUAAUCUAACUUUUUUCCCAAAUAUAAUUUUCCUCAUGUGAGUUUAUUUUCUGAAUUUUUUUUCUCAUUAAAAUUUGAUUUUCUUUUUUUUACCUUUUUAGUCUUUAUUUAUUUUGACUAUAUUGCCAUAACAUUUUUCCCAACCUAUUUUUUUUAAAGAAAUUCAACUUUUGUUUGUCAUAAUAUUACAACUUGAAAAAAAAAAAUUUUUCUUUAAUAUUUCAACUCUAUGCUACUAGAAUUAUAUAUUUUUCCUCAUACUAUGAGUUUAUUCUCAUGAAAUUGCGGCUUUUUCCAUUUUUUAGUCUUUUUUUACUUUUUGACUAUAUUUCCAUAACAUUUUUCCCAACCUAAUUAAAAAAAAAAAAUCAACUUUUGUCUGUCAUAAUAUUACAAAUUUAAAAAAAAUGUUUUUUUCUUUAAUGUUUCAACUCUAUGCUACUAAAAUUAUAUAUUUUUCCUCAUACUAUGAGUUUAUUCUCAUGAAAUUGCAGCUUUUUCCCCGUUUUAGUCUUUUUUUAAUUUUUGACUAUAUUUCCAUAACAUUUUUCCCCAACCUAAUGAAAAAGAAAAUAUAACUUUUGUUUGUCAUAAUAUUACAAAUUUUAAAAAAUAGUGUUUUUUUUCUUUUACAUUUCAACUUUAUGCUACUAGAAUUAUAUAUUUUUCCUCAUACUAUGAGUUUAUUCUCAUGAAACUCUUUUUUUUUAUUUUUGACUAUAUUUCCAUAACAUUUUUCCCAACCCAAUAAUGUCAUAAUAUUACAACUUUUAAAAAAUAGCGUUUUUUUCUUUAAUAUUUCAACUCUAUGCUAUUAAAAUUAUAUAUUUUUCCUCAUACUAUGAGUUUAUUCUCUCAUUUUUUUAACCUCAUUAAAAUAUAUUUUUUACAGCAUUUUUUUCUUCAAUUUUUAAAAUGUUUCAACUAUAUAAACCUUAUUUUGUAAUUAUGUUUGUCAUAACAUUAUAUGACACUUCAAUAAAAAAAUAUAUAUUUCAACUGUAUGCUGCUAAAAUGACUAAUUUUUUCCAUAAAAUUAUGAGUUUGUUCUCAUGAAAUUAUGAGUCUGUUCUCGCACACUGUCUCAGUUAUUAUUAUUAUGUAACAAUCUGCUGUGUUUUAUCCUUUGGUAUGCUGAAUCUUGUGCUAUUAAUAAAGCUGUGGACGGUUCGCUAGUUUGUUCUAGUGAUGAAAAAUUUCGACUCUUUUUAGAGAGCCGGUUCUUUGGCUCGACUCACUAAAAAGAGCCGUCCUUACGAAAGAAGUAAUGACGGCAGCUGAAGUUGUGAAAGGGUAAAGGUGCUAACAAAACACAGCGUGGAUGGCCAUUCACCAUCUUCCAAGAGUCUUCAACAAAGACUUAUAAGGGCAUCCACACGUCAAGAGGGGGGCGCGCCCGGACGGGAACAUGGCGGAGGCUGGAGCGGCGACACUUCUGCACCGAUUCUUCUGUCACUGCUGCAAGCGUGAAACACAACCCAAACUCCCGGACUUUGUCUGCCCCAGGUGCAAGUCCGACUUUAUUGAGGAGGUAGCACACGACUCCAGACUCCUGGACCACAGCCCACCAGAGACGAGUGAAGACUCCAACUCAUUGUUCUCAGAAUUAUGGCAGCUGCUGUUUAUGGAGCGCUCCGCUCUGCUGUCGCACCCGCCGUCCUCAGAGUUGGACCCGGAGGACGGCGAGCGGUUGCUUCACGGUCAAAGCUGUCUUCCCCUCGUCUCACCGGGCAAUGCCGAGGUCAGAGAACUGCAGUUGCUGUCCCAGUCUGAAGAGGAGAGGCCACCCAGACCUGAACAAAGACCUGAAGUGGAAGGGUGCAAGUCCGACUUUAUUGAGGAGGUAGCACACGACUCCAGACUCCUGGACCACAGCCCACCAGAGACGAGUGAAGACUCCAACUCAUUGUUCUCAGAAUUAUGGCAGCUGCUGUUUAUGGAGCGCUCCGCUCUGCUGUCGCACCCGCCGUCCUCAGAGUUGGACCCGGAGGACGGCGAGCGGUUGCUUCACGGUCAAAGCUGUCUUCCCCUCGUCUCACCGGGCAAUGCCGAGGUCAGAGAACUGCAGUUGCUGUCCCAGUCUGAAGAGGAGAGGCCACCCAGACCUGAACAAAGACCUGAAGUGGAAGGGAUCGUGCAACAGUUUUUGGCCGACCUGUUUAUGAGCAAUGGAAACCCCGCUGCAGCACCCGUUGCACUAUCCAGCAUGCUGCAAUUGUACUCAAACCCUGCAGAUUAUGCGUGGGGUCAGGGAGGUCUGGACGCAGUCAUCACAGAGUUAUUCGGACAGUUGGAGAACACGGGUCCACCCCCUGCUGAAAAGGACAUGAUCUCAUCCCUGCCGACAGUUUGCAUCUCUCAGGAGCAAAAAGAGUGCAGACUGGAGUGUACAAUUUGCAGGGAGGAGUAUUCGUCUGGGGAAUCUGUCAGGAAACUACCUUGCCUCCAUUACUUCCACAGUGAAUGUAUAGUACCUUGGUUAGAGCUGCACGACACCUGCCCCGUGUGCCGAAAAAGUCUGGACGGUAUUGACAAUAGCUUCCUCCCGCACGCAUCGCAAUCCCCCGAGGGUCGCUUCAUCAGGACAGAGCAACAGUAGAGCUCGCCAAGCCACGGUAAAUCCUUCACGGACAGAAUUCUUGCCAUCCCGCCACUUCAUUUGCACAUCAUCUUUGCUCAGCAAUAAUGUAAACAAGACUGAUUUUCUUCAAUGGCUCAUCCAGUCUUGAAGUGGUCGACACAAGCUGCUAGUUUUCACACUUUAUGGACUUGACACAUUCGGCACUUGCGACUUUAAGAUGACGGACAUUACGCUGAUCUCAAUCAAGGUCACACUCUUCUGUUUGUGAAACCGUUAUU